AUGGUGUAUGCCCGAGAGGAUGUGGAAAGUGUGCUGGCUGCUCGUGGUUGGAGGGAGAUCAGGCAGAUAGGGGAAGGCUCAUUCGCCAAGGCUCUGCUUGUAGAGGCAGCGGAUGGCACCCAGGCCGUUUGCAAGGUGAUGGACAUUAGUGAGGCAUCCAGAAAAGAGGCUGAAGAUGCCGCGAAGGAAGGCAGAUUGCUAGCAUCCUUGCAACAUCCCUUCGUCGUGCGGUACCGUGACAGCUUUUGCGAGGCUGGCGUGUUGUGCCUCAUCAUGGACUUUUGUGAAGGCGGCGAGCUUGCCAAGCAGAUUCGCAGAGCCAGGCGAAACCAUCAGAGGAUCCCGGAAGAGCAGAUACUCCGAUGGUUUACGCAGGCUAUGCUGUCGCUGAAGUAUAUCCAUGACAAGCACAUCCUUCACAGGGACCUAAAGCCAGCAAAUUUCUUCCUCACGAAGACCGGGUCUCUGAAAAUGGGUGAUUUUGGAAUUGCCAAAACCAUGGCUUGUACGAUAGCCUUUGCAAAGACAAGAAUUGGUACUCCCUACUAUCUUAGUCCAGAAGUUUGCCAGGAGAAGCCAUAUGCUUGGGCAUCUGACAUGUGGUCGAUGGGUUGCAUCCUGUAUGAGAUGUGUGCUUUGCAAGUCCCUUUCGAUGCGCACAGCAUUUCGGGCCUUGUGCAGAAGAUCUGCUAUGGCCCCUUGCCGACUGUGCCAGACUGCUACUCUGACUUUCUGCGACGGCUUUGCCGGCAGCUCCUCGACCGGGAUCCCAAGAAGAGACCCUCGGCCGAUGAGGUGCUCCAGCUGCCAGAGAUUCAGAAGGUCGUGCGCCAGAUGCUUGAAGAAGCACGGCUCCCAGCGCCCAAGCCGGCUGAACCGACGGACAGGCGAGCAAAGACCUCUGCCACGGCGGGCGCCUACAGGAAAGAUGAUGUGGUUGAAUACUACUCAGAGUGGCUCCCAGCCACCAUCGUAGAUGCGGACUCGAUGGGCCGAGUCAUGAUCGAUCUGCGGCCAGGGGUUUGGCUUUCGCCUGUCUAG